AGAUUCAAUCAUCGCAGUUGGCAAGCUCAAGCAAGCAUGACGAGUUUUUUCUCGGCGCCAGUUCCUCGCUGUGUGAGUAUUUGAUAUGAAAACAUCCACUUUCGUCGCGAGUAAGCACUUACAUCAAACAAGUCCGAGUGAUGUUGUCGGACAGCAUGCGGUUGUACAAACGCUAGAUCCACAUUAGACACACAUAAUGUCCAGUUCCAAGAAAGCCAGACAUAAAUAUUUGCAAUGUCGAUGACACCGCGAC